GCCGAAUUACCUAACCCGGGAAGCGAAAUAUCAGUACAGAGAGAGAGAGAGACAAAAGUCUCAUCUUGAUUGAUAGAACUUUCUCUCUUGUCCAUACAAAAUCUCGUAAUCCAAUUCCCAUCAACAUGGAGAAGACUGUGAUGUGUAGUCUCGCAGAAUCACACCCACGUCGUCUCCACUUCCAUGGCUACUCCUUUAUCCACCACUCCUCUCUUUUCUCCUUCCGCUAUUUCCCCAGCAAGAAACCGCCAUUUCUGUUCCAAGAUCCGACUCGAUUCGAAACAUGGCAAGAGUUUCGAAUCUAAUAGAGUCCAAAAGCUGAAUCUAUCGAAAUUUCGUGAACCCGGUCGACAAAGCAGUAGAUUUCUGCAAAUGGGUUCACGAGAGAUGAGCUUUGGGAGGAGAAAACUCUCAGUUGAAGCCAUGGAUGGUACUGGAACAGGAACCACAUCGACGAUUUCCAGUAAAGUGUUUGCGACAAUGCACUUGUUGGUCUCACUUGGGAUCAUACUCGCCGCAGACAGUUUCUUGAAGCAGGCGUUUGUAGCAGCGUCCAUCAAGUUCCCAAGCGCCUUGUUUGGGAUGUUUUGUAUAUUCUCUGUUCUUAUGAUAUUCGAUUCCUUCGUUCCCGCUGCUGCUACAAGUUUGAUGAACUUCUUCGAGCCUGCGUUUCUAUUCAUCCAGAGAUGGCUUCCUUUGUUCUACGUUCCUUCCCUUGUUGUUCUCCCUCUCUCCGUCAGAGACAUUCCCGCGGCUUCAGGCGUCAAGAUUUGCUACAUUGUAGCCGGUGGAUGGUUGGCGUCUCUUUGCGUAGCAGGUUUCACAGCUAUUGCAGUGAGAAAAAUGGUGAAAACCGAGAUGACGGAAGCAGAGCCUAUGGCUAAACCUUCUCCGUUUUCAACACUUGAGCUAUGGAGUUGGAGCGGAAUCUUUGUCGUAUCGUUUGUUGGUGCUCUGUUUUACCCUACUUCGUUGGGGACUAGUGCAAGAACUUGUCUCCCUUUCCUUCUUUCUUCAACUGUUCUAGGUUACAUUGUGGGUACUGGGUUGCCAUCUUCUAUCAAGAAAGUUUUCCAUCCGAUAAUCUGCUGCGCGUUAUCUGCAGUUCUUGCUGCUCUAGCUUUUGGGUAUGCUUCAGGAUCUGGACUUGAUCCUGUUUUAGGAAACUACCUCACCAAAGUAGCAUCGGAUCCUGGUGCUGGUGACAUAUUAAUGGGGUUUCUUGGCUCUGUUAUUCUCUCUUUCGCUUUCUCCAUGUUCAAACAAAGAAAGCUUGUGAAGAGGCACGCGGCUGAGAUCUUCACAUCUGUGAUCGUUUCAACGGUAUUCUCACUCUACUCCACUGCUCUUGUUGGACGUUUAGUCGGUUUAGAACCGUCUUUGACGGUAUCGAUCCUACCUCGCUGCAUCACGGUUGCGUUAGCUCUUAGCAUUGUAUCACUCUUUGAAGGGACCAAUUCGUCUCUUACAGCAGCUGUAGUCGUUGUGACUGGUCUGAUUGGAGCUAACUUUGUACAAGUUGUUCUUGACAAACUGCGUUUACGCGAUCCAAUCGCUCGAGGAAUAGCAACUGCUUCAAGUGCUCAUGGACUUGGAACAGCAGCUUUGUCGGCUAAGGAGCCAGAGGCUCUUCCCUUCUGUGCAAUUGCUUAUGCUCUCACCGGAAUCUUUGGAUCGUUACUGUGCUCUGUUCCUGCCGUCCGGCAGAGUUUGCUGGCGGUCGUCGGCUGAGGAUUGGUGACGUGGCGACACACGAUUGGUGGCCACAGAAGCCGGCGAGUUAAUUACUUAAAUAUGGGAGCAAUUUGGUAAGCUUGUAUGAUUGUAUCAAUAUGAUAUAAAGAUGCUGGGAAAUGCUUAUAUUCUACACUUUAUUUUGUAAAUGUUGUGAAUUUGUAAUGGAAACAAAAUAUGUAAAUUUAAAAUUUUCAUUUGAGACCAAAAUCAAAAUCUCAAAUUCUCAAUUAUCAGUCAUAGUGAUGAGAUAC